AUGGAUCCCCACGUCAAGUUUGGUGCUUUUGAUGAUAAAGAGUUUGGUGACAUACAUCAGUAUCAACGUCUGGUUGGUAAACUUAUUUAUCUUACAGUUACUCGCCCUGAUAUCUCCUUUGUUGUAGGGGUUGUUAGUCAGUUCAUGCAGAACCCUAAGCAAGUACUUUGGGAUGCUGCUUGUCGCAUUCUAAGAUACCUCAAAAGUGCUCCUGGUAAGGGAUUAGUGUAUUGUCGCCAUGGUCAUACCAACGUGGUUGGGUUCUUUGAUGCAGAUUGGGCUGUUUCUGAUGGCGAUAGAAGAUCAACCACAGGUUAUUGUACCUUCUUUGGAGGAAAUUUGGUUAAUUGGAAGAGCAAGAAACAGACGACUGUAGCUCGUUCCAGUGCUGAGGCUGAAUACAAAGCCAUGGCUCAUACUGCUACAAAGUUGAUGUGGGUUCGUUCGUUCCUUAUUGAGCUUGGUUAUUACAGUGAUCAACCCAUGGAGAUGUACAGUGAUAACCAAGCUGCUAUUUACAUUGCCAACAACCCUGUUUUUCAUGAAUGGACCAAACACAUUGAAGUUGAUUGUCAUUUUGUUCGAGUUGCUGUUCAGAAGAAGCUCAUUGUUACUCCUUUUGUUCGUUCACAGUUUCAGCUUGGAGAUAUGUUUACGAAGGCCUUGUUUCGACCUCAAUUCUUGGAUGGUUGUUCCAAGCUGGUUCUUGAUUAUCUUGUCAUUGAGUUUUGCUGA